CACUAGAAACAAUACAACCGUUAGAGUUUUUUUUCGUAAAAAAUAAUCAAUAAACACAAGGAUACUGCUGUUAAGCGGAAGAGUUGCAAGCUAUGAUUUUUGACACAACUUCUCAGAUAUUUUGUAGAUAAAAAGAGAUAAACGAAGAAGAAAGAUGUAUCUCACUGUCCUACUUUUGUUGACCGUUUGUCAACCAAUAAGAAGUGAAUUUACAGUGCGCAAUGACGAUUUUUACGGAUUCUUUGGUCGCAUGUUUCAACGAAGAACAGACGAGAGCGGAAGAAAUUGGGAAUAUAGUGUCCAGCCUAAUAAACUUGAAUUGUUAAGGAACGAUGCGGUCUAUCCUGAGAAAGGUUGGAAAACAUGUAAAGAGAAAAACAAGAUCAAAAAUAAGGAAGUUAUUGCAAAAAAUAUGACAUUUGAAGAAAUUGCAAAGAGAGUUGGAUUUAAUCAUGUUCAUCGAGACAGUCUUGCAGUUCGUCCCCAUUGUCAGUUCGAUUUCGUGUUCCCAUCACGUGGUAACUUUACAUCCCGGAUGAGUAACGAACUAUGUGUAAUGGAGAUGUUGACAGCUGGUGCAGCAGUUGGUGAUUAUGAUAACGAUGGAUUGGACGAUAUUUUUUUUACUGUAUACAACACAAGAAGUUUACUCUACAGAAACAAUGGUGAUGGAACAUUCACAGAUGUCACAGUGUCCACUAAUGUUGGUCCAGAAAGAUUCGGUAAUGGAGCAGGAUGGAUAGACGUAGACUCAGAUGGAGAUUUGGAUCUAUACGUCACAACAGUGGGCGAUUCAAGACAUUACUUAUAUGUGAACCAGGGUGGACACUUUACAGAAGAAGCUAUAGACAGAGGACUUUCCUUACAGUUUCCAAAUAAUAGAAAACUGGCGGGCUUUACUCCAAACUUUGGAGAUUUUGACCAAGAUGGAUUUCUUGAUGUUUACGUUUCAGAGUGGACGUACCACUCAGUCUCUGGCGAGGUGUCUGCUAGCCGUCUCUUCAAAAACAUGGGUCUCUCUAAACCUGGAUACUUUGUGGAUGUUACUGAUAGCGCAGGUGUAAAUAUGGAUGGUUACUGGAAAACAUUUCGAAAUCAACAUGGAUCUGGUAUACACACAUUUGGAAGUUCUUUCACUGAUUUUGAUAAUGAUGGCUGGCCUGAGUUAUUCAUCACAGGUGACUUUGGACAAUCCAAGUUAUUUUGGAAUAAUAAAAAUGGUACAUUUUCGGAAUGCACGUCGAAAUGUGGCGUCAAUGCAAUGAACGAUGGAAUGGGUCAUACGAUUGCUGACAUAAACAAUGACGGAUACAUGGAUGCAUUCAUAACUGCUUUGACAUAUUCUGCAAAAAGUUGCGCUCUUUACACUUGUGCUGUUGGAGCAGUCGGUAACGCUCUUUAUGAAAACCAUGGAAACAGAAAUUUCACAAAUACAGCGAUAGAGCGUGGCGUUCGUGAUGGUCACUGGGCGUGGGGCGCAUCGUUUCUCGAUUUUGAUAACGACGGAUUCCUUGAUAUAGUCUCAACCAAUGGAUUUGACAGUCCCUCCACCACACUCGAUGAUGAAUAUGGUAAUGAUAACAUGCAACUAUUUCACAACCAAGGAGAAGGGAUGUCGAAUGAAAUGAUAGAUGUUGCCUUAGAACGAGGCAUGAAAUUUUACGGGUUAGGGCGUGGAUUGUUGAUAUUUGAUUUUGAUAACGACGGUGAUGAAGAUAUUAUGGUGGCUGCCAACGUGGGACCACCAAAACUGUUUGAAAACAAAAUUGGAAAUAAGAACAGUUGGUUAAGAGUUCGAGUGUUCCAUAAAUGUUUAACUAAAGCCUCCAAACUGUGUGAUAGUUAUGGUGCUCGAGUUCUAGUAACAUCAAAAUCUGGAAAGAAUCAGACAUCAAUGAUUGGUUCGAAAACUCACUUCUUGGGUCAGAGUGAAAUAAUCGCACAUUUUGGGCUUGGUACAAGUAACAAGACAGUUGCUGUUGAUGUGUACUGGCCGACUUCAAAGAAAAGGAUAACACUGAAUGACGUUGCUGUCAAUCAAGUUUUAAGAAUUGUUGAACCAGAAGCAGAUACACAUGAAGUUCGUGAUUCAUCAACUGUGAAAGACUGUCCCAAAAUAAAAAUAUCACACAUUACUACUCAGCCUACACAAGGAUUUGUCAAAAUAAAUGAAGACGGAAUUUCAGUGUCGUACCAUCCUGGCAAUUUGACGUUAUUUGAUAUCGGCGUCCAACAUUUUAAAUACAGCGUCGACGUGCCUUUUCCCAUAUCACAGAAUGUAACACUUAAUGAAGGCACGGUGACGUUGGAUUUUAGAGUGACACCUAACAUUUAUCCUGCAUGUAAAAAUGGAAGACAAAUAAUUGAAAACAAAUUGCCAGACUUGUCCGCCGAUAAAAGACGUUUGGACGGACUAUCCAAUAAUCGUGACAACGUUUACUGGGGCGCCACCAAGGAGGAUCUUUUGAGAUUUGCACCACAUCGGUAUGCAGACAAUGUAUCAGAGCCGGCUGGAGCGUGUACGGCACAACAAACUGUGUCGAAAACUUGCCCUUACCCAAAGGAACUGAGUGGAAUUGGUUCCAACCGACCAUCGCCGAGAUUAAUUAGUAAUACGCUAAUGAGCCAGUUCAAAGAUCAUUUCAGUAAAAGAAAUCUAAGCGAUUUUACAAUGCAUUAUGGGCAGUUUUUGGUUCACGAUACAGACCAUUCAUCGCCUCUUCCACGAUUUGAGUUUCAAUAUUACAAUAAUCAUGUCUGGAUGCCCAUUACAAUUCCAAAGGGAGAUGUCCACUUUGAUCCUUACAAUACAGGAAAAGAAACAAUGUCAUUUGUCAGAUCAACAUUUAACAGAUGCACAGGGCAAUAUCCUGGCACAGCGCCCCGCAGUCAAUUUAACGCUAUUACAGCUUACCUUGAUGCAAAUAUGGUGUAUGGGGUGGAUCUAAACAGAUGCAGCCAUUUGAGGGAAUAUAAAAAUGGUAGACUCAGGAUAGGACCAAAUCUUUUGCCACCCAAAAACGAAGACUAUCUUGCGAAUGAGAAUCCACUUGGUAGACCAGCAAAAGAACUUUUUAUGGCUGGAGAUAUUCGGGCAAAUGUUCAACCGGGUUUAAUGGCACUACAUGCUUUGUUUAUACGAGAGCACAAUCGUUUGGCGCAUCAACACAAAUUGAAAAACCCAUUAUCAACUGACGAAGAAACCUUUCAAAAAGCUCGUCGAAUGAUAAUUGCAGAAAUUCAAUCAAUAACAUACAAUGAGUAUCUACCUGCAAUUUUGGGCGGAAGUCAUCACAUCCCAAAAUAUACAGGUUAUAAGAGCAAUGUUAAUUCUGGUAUCACGAAUGAAUUCGCAACUGCUGCUUUCAGAUUUGGACACAGUCAAGUCAACACGCAUAUUUUCCGUCUUCAAAAAGACGGUUCACCAAUAAAAGAAGGACAUGCUUUGUUAAGAGACGUUUACUUCAAACCAAACAGACUAGAGAUGGAAGGAGGCGUCGACCCAGUGUUUCGUGGUGCGGUUGCUUUUCCCGCUCAAGAAAUCGACUUAUUGAUGGUUGAUGAAAUGAGAAAUACACUCUUCCCCACAACUGCUGCUUCUCCUGGUAAACAAACUGGAUUUGAUUUAGCUUCGCUUAAUAUACAACGGGGAAGGGAUCAUGGAUUGGCUGAUUACAACACCGUUCGCAAAAAUUUGGGAUUAAAAGAAUACAAAUCAUUUUCCGAAAUUACAACAAAUAAAGAUGUUGUGAAAAAAUUGAAAUCAUUGUACAAAGAUAUUAACAACAUUGAUCUUUGGGUGGGAGGACUUGCUGAGGAUCAUGUUAAAGGUUCAGAGCUGGGCGAGACUUUUCAUACCAUUAUCGUAAAGCAGUUUACAAGAAUUAGAGAUGGAGAUAGAUUUUGGUAUAAAAAUGUCUUGACAAAAGAGGAAAUCAAGGAUGUUGAAGAAACCACACUUGGCAAGAUCAUCAGAUUGAAUACAGGCUUUGAAGAAUGUCCUGAUAACGUUUUCUUUUCAACAAAGAACUGCAUUGGUGUAGAAAAACACCAAUGUGUACCCAAACUAGAAAGUAAUGAAAUUGUUGAAAUGAAUGAAAAAAAUAGACAGCUGAAGAAAGACGUAGAAGAAAAAGAUGAGAAACUUAAAUUAUUGAUUAUACUUCUGGGAGUGAUAAGCGCAGUUUGUUUGUUUGUCAUUCUCAUUUCGGUUAAAAUCGCAAAAACAAAAAGCAAAACAGACAAGGGACAAAUUCCAUGUGUUGUAACAAACACACAAAAGAAGGACAUGGUUGAACUGGGUGAACCAAAUUAUGCAGUCGAAGCAUGAAGACAAAUAAAACAAUCAUUUUGAACACGAAAAUUUGAUCUUGAUGAUACUACUCUGGAAUAUAAAUUAAUUUUAUAACUUGUACUCACACAAUAAAUGUAAAUUUUGCAGUAUUUUAAUUACACUUUUUAAACAGUC